CCCGCGCCGGGCUCACACGGGGACCUGCCCCCCUCCCGGCUGGGCGCAAAGCCCGCGGCAUCUUCCCUGCGCCGGGGGGCCGGAGCCCGGCCGCGAUCUCCCCGGGCUGAGCGCGGCCGGGCGGGCCCGCGGUACCCACGGCAGGUGUUCUUGGGCGGAGCCCCCAGCCUUGCGUCUGAGGACGUCCCUGUGCUCUGCAAACGCGCCCCAUGAGGCUACUCUUGAAAAAUGGCCGCAGAAACUGCAGGGGAGGCAGGGGUGUGGAGACAAACCAAAGCUCUUUUAUUCAAGAACUACCUUGUUAAAUGCAGGACUAAGAAGAGUAGUGUGCAGGAAGUCCUUUUUCCACUAUUUUUUUUAUUUUGGCUUAUAUUAAUGAGCAUGAUGCAUCCAAAUAGGAAGUUUGGUGAGGUGCCCAACACUGAUCUUGGUACUUUAGAUCGCUCCAUGCUCUUGGACUCCAUUCUUGGAUACACACCAGUGACAAACAUGACAAGAAAAAUCAUGCAGAAAGUGUCUUUUGAAUACUUUGCAGAUGAUGUAAUUACAGAAGAAUUUUUCAGUGAAAAAGAAUUGCAAGAUGCUAGUACUGUUAACCCCUCAAAGUUUGUUGGUGUAGUUUUCAAAGAUUCCAUGUCCUACCAGCUUAGAUUCUUUCCUGGUGCGGUCACAGUGUCUUCUAUCAAUGUAGAAUCAAGAGCCAGUUGUUCUAGUUUAUCAAAGGGAUGUGAAUCUGUUACCUACUGGCACUCGGGAUUUGCAGCUCUACAAGCUUGUAUUGAUGCAGCAAUAAUACAGCUGAAGACUAAUCAUUCAGUUUGGGAAGAACUGGAAUCGACUAAAGCUGUUAUUAUGGGAGAGGCUGCUGAUAUGAAAAUCGAUUAUUUUCCUCGAGCAGUUAUUUUAAUUUACCUAGUAAUAGCUUUCUCACCCUUUGGGUACUAUUUGGCAAUUCAUAUUGUGGCAGAAAAGGAGAAGAAGUUGAAGGAAUUUUUAAAGAUAAUGGGGCUUCAUGACACCGCCUUUUGGCUGUCUUGGGUUCUACUGUACACAACUCUGAUUUUUGUCAUGUCCAUUCUCAUGGCAGUCAUUGCAACAGCCUCUUCACUAUUUCCCCAAAGUAGCUCCUUUGUGAUAUUUCUUCUUUUUUUCCUGUAUGGAAUAUCCUCAGUUUUCUUUGCUUUCAUGCUGACUCCUCUAUUUAAAAAAUCAAAGCAUGUGGGUAUAGUUGAAUUUUUGGCAACACUGGCUUUUGGUUUUGUGGGUCUCACUAUUGUCCUGUUGGAUGGUUUUCCGAAGUCUUUUGUAUGGAUUCUAAGCCCCUUGUGUCAGUGUACGUUCUUGAUUGGGAUUGCACAGGUCAUGUAUCUGGAAGAUUAUGAAGAUGGUGCAAUAUUUUCAAAUUUAAAUCACGGCCCUUAUCCACUAGUUAUUUCUCUUAUUUUACUGGUUCUGGAUAGCAUGUUUUACCUACUUCUAGCUGUCUAUCUUGAUCAGGUCAUUCCAGGUGAGUUUGGAUUACGACGGACAUCAUUUUUCUUUAUGAAGCCCUCAUUUUGGUCAAAGCGCAGAAGAAAUUACAAGGAGUUAUAUGAGAGUAGUGUUAAUGGAAGCUUAAGUUUCAGUGAGAUGGUUGAACCUGUAUCUUCAGAAUUUCAGGGAAAAGAAGCUAUCAGAAUCAGCUGUGUUCAGAAAACAUUCAGAAAAAAGGGUGAAACUGUGGAGGCUCUCAGAAGUUUAUCCUUUGACAUAUAUGAGGGUCAGAUUACAGCUUUACUUGGGCACAGUGGAACAGGCAAGACAACACUGAUGAACAUUCUUUGUGGACUCUGCCCACCUUCUGAUGGGUUUGCAUCUGUCUAUGGACACAGAAUCUCUGAAAUUGAUGAAAUGCUUGAUGUACGAAAGAUAACGGGCGUUUGCCCACAAUUAGAUAUACAUUUUGACGUAUUAACUGUGGAAGAGAAUUUAUCAAUAUUUGCUCAUAUUAAAGGGAUAUCUCCCAAUGCUCUGAUACAAGAGGUGCAGAAAGUGAUGAAUGAUUUGGAUAUGCAGCCCAUCCGAGAUAACCAAGCUAAAAAAUUAAGUGGAGGGCAAAAGAGAAAGCUGUCGAUAGGAAUCGCUGUUCUUGGGAGCCCAAAGGUUUUACUCUUGGAUGAACCAACUGCUGGUAUGGACCCAUGUUCUCGGCACGUUGUUUGGAAUCUCCUGAAAAACAGACAAGCCAAUCGGGUAACAGUAUUCAGUACUCAUUUCAUGGAUGAGGCAGAUAUUCUUGCUGAUCGAAAAGCUGUGAUUUCUCAAGGGAUGCUGAAAUGUGUUGGCUCGUCUCUCUUCCUCAAAACCAAAUGGGGAGUUGGCUACCGCUUGAGUAUGCACAUAGAUGGGUAUUGCAAUACAGAAGCUACAACAGCCUUGAUCAGACAGCAUAUCCCUGGAGCCAGCUUGGUACAACAGAAUGAACUGCAGCUUGUGUAUACCUUACCUUUUAAAGACAUGGACAAGUUUUCAGGAUUAUUUUCUGAUCUAGACACUCAUUCACAUUUGGGUGUUAUUACUUAUGGAGUUUCCAUGACAACGUUGGAGGAUGUGUUCCUGAAGCUGGAAAUUGAAGCAGAAAUUGAUCAAGCAGAUUAUAGCAUAUUUAAUUCCCAGUCAGCAGGCGAGGAAGUGGAUACAAAAUCGCUUGAUGAGAUGGAACAAAGCCUACUGAUACUCUCUGAGACAAAAUCAUCUGCAGUAAGCAAUACAGCUCUCUGGAAACAGCAGGUCUCUACUAUAGCAAAGGUUCACUUCCUUAACUUAAGACGUGAAAAUAAGUCAUUGGGAAUUAUGUUGUUGCUUUUUUUAGUUUUUCUUGUAGUUCAGAUUUUAAUGUUUCUUAUACAUCACUACUUCAAAAAUCCUGUGGUUCCCAUCAAACUUUCCCCAGAUUUGUACUUGCUGAAGCCUGGAGAAAAUUACUACAGGUACAAAACAAGUCUCCUCCUUCAGAACUCCACAGGAUCAAAUAUUGAUAAUCUCAUGAGUGCUCUCAGAAGCCAGAAGAUAUUGACUGAGAUGUUCAAUGACAGUGAUUACGUGUCAGCUGCACCCCACAGUGCAGCUUUAAAUGUGUCGCUUUCAGAAAAGAGCUACAUUUUUACAGCUGUAUUCAACAGUACUAUGGUGCACUCUUUGCCUGUUUUGAUGAACAUCAUUAGCAACCUGUUUCUCCACAACUUAAAUGUGACUGAGAAUAUUCAAAUCUGGAGUAACCCAUUCAUUCAAGAAAUUGAUGACACAGUUUUCAGACUGGAGGCUUUUUUUCAAGCAAUGUUACUAGGAAUCAUUGUAACGGGGGUGCCACCAUAUUUUGCCAUGGAAAAUGCAGAAAACCAUAAGAUCAAAGCUUACACUCAACUUAAGAUCUCAGGUCUUUAUCCAUCUGCUUACUGGAGUGGACAAGCAGUCAUUGACUUUCCUUUAUUUUUCAUUAUCCUUGUUCUGAUGAUAGGAAGCUUAUUUGCAUUUCAUCAUGGUGUUUAUUUUGAUACUUGGAAGUUCCUUGCUAUUAUCUUCUGCCUUAUUGGCUAUGUACCAUCAGUAGUGCUGUUCACUUACGUGCUCUCUUUCACCUUUAAAAAAGUGCAAAAUACCAAAGAAUUUUGGUCGUUUAUUUUUUCAAUGACUGCUUUGAUCUCUACUGUUGUCACUGAAGUAGCAUUCUUUAUGAGAUAUUUCAUGGUAACCACCAUUUUUCAUUAUGUCUUCUGUGCCUUCAUUCCAAUCUAUCCUCUUAUUGGAUGCCUGAUUAGUUUUAUAAAGGUAUCACGGAAACACCUACAAAAGAAUGAAAAAUACCAUGAUCCCUGGGACAAACUCUUGGUAGCAGUUAUCGCGCCUUAUUUGCAAUGUGUAGUAUGGCUGUUCCUCCUGCGAUAUCUUGAAGUGAAAAAUGGAGGUAAAUCGAUAAGAGAGGACCCAUUUUUCAGAACUUCUACAAAGAUCAAAACAUGGAAAUUUCGAGAUGAUCCACAUAAUGAGAAUGAGGAUGAAGAUGUAAAGGCAGAGAGAUUGUGGGUCAAAGAAAUGACAACCUGCCAGAGCUGUGAUGAGAAACCAGCAAUUCUGGUCAGCAGUCUGCAUAAAGAAUAUGAUGAAAGGAAAGAUUUUCUUCUUGGGAGAAAAAUAAAGAAAGUGGCAACUAAACACGUCUCUUUUUGUGUAAAAAAAGGAGAAAUACUUGGAUUGCUAGGACCAAAUGGAGCUGGGAAAAGCACACUGAUUAAUAUGCUGGUGGGAGACGUUGAACCAACUGCUGGCCAGGUGCUGAUAGGAGACUAUUCUUUAGGAUUGAAUAGUGAGGACAGUUCUGCUAAAUUUGUGGGAUAUUGUCCUCAAAUAAAUCCACUUUGGCCAGAUAUUACAUUGCAGGAGCAUUUUGAAAUAUAUGGAUCUAUCAAAGGAAUGAGUAAAACUGAUGUGGAAGAAGUCGUAAAACGCAUUGCAAGGGCCCUUGAACUGAAAGCCCAUCUACAGAAAACCACAAAGAAAUUAGCGGUCGGAAUUAAGCGCAAGUUAUGUUUUGCACUAAGUAUGCUGGGUAAUCCCCAGAUUACGUUGCUAGAUGAACCAUCUACCGGUAUGGAUCCUAAAGCCAAACAGCACAUGUGGAGGGCAAUUCGAGCAGCAUUUAAAAGCAAAGAGAGAGCAGCUAUUCUGACCACUCAUUAUAUGGAAGAGGCUGAAGCUGUGUGUGAUCGAGUUGCAAUCCUGGUAUCUGGACAGUUAAGGUGUAUUGGUUCAGUUCAGCAUCUAAAGAGUAAAUUUGGCAGAGGCUAUUUCUUGGAAAUGAAAUUAAAAGAAACAGCAGGCGUACAACAGGUGGAGUGUCUUCACAGGCAUAUUUUGCACAUCUUCCCAAAUGCAUCUCAUCAGGAAAGUUUUUCCUCCAUUUUGGCAUAUAAAAUUCCUAAGGAAGAUGUACAGUCGCUCUCUCAGUCUUUUUCUAAACUGGAAGAAGCAAAACAUGCCUUUAAUAUCGAGGAGUACAACUUUUCUCAAGCAACCCUGGAACAGGUUUUUGUGGAGCUUGCUAAAGAACAAGAAGAGGAAGAUUACAGUUUUGGAACCUUAAACAGCACGCUUUGGUGGGAAAGAAGACAGGAAGAUAGAGUCAUUUUUUGAGCUCUUUAAAUACUGUAGGAUUCAAUAGAUGUACACUGCAGUUCAUGUUUGUCUGACUCUUUUUUGUUUUUGUUUUUGUUUUUUGUAAUGUGUGCUGAGUACUAAGAAAGCAGUUGAGAUUGAGAAAAAUAUCUGACUUGAAAAACAAAAAUAAUAUUUGGAAACUUUGGAAACUAUUUCCCCUUCCUGGCCUUAUCCAUCAAUAUUAUGCAAGUGUGGGAGUGUCUUUAUUUGUGAGGACUCUCAUUGUUAGCAUAUAAUUUGUCUGUUUUUUUAAAUUUCUGAUCCAGUCGCCUUACUCUGUCCUGUUUUGAAGCGAAAUGAUAAAUAACAAUUUAGUUCUUUAUAAUUUCCUGUUUGUUUUGGUCAAUCUGUGCGCUAUGCUUCUAGAAACUCCAACCUUGAGCUUGUUCAGCUAUUCAGUAUGUGAUAUCAGUAUAUAAUUGAUUAACUCCAGGAUCAAACUUCUGCCUUGCUUAUCUUUCAAGAGGCAGCUUCCACCAAAGGCAGGGGUCCACAGAACCAGGACAGCAGCACUAGAAAAGAGUCACACAAGCAGAAGUCAGCAAAGAGGAUAUAGCAAUGCCAGAAGUCAAUGACUUAUCUGAGUUGGAGUAAAUAUGUAGCUAUAAGGUGGAUGUUCAAAGAAGGUCAGUUUUGAGCUUUAACAGCCUGAUAGUGUCCUGGUAAACUUUAUUGUCACAUCCUCUGCAUACAAUUCCAGUUAGCCUACAUUGCUAUACAGACUUAACUGCCUGAUUCCAGGAUUCAUCAUGGAAUAUGAUGCUGGUUAGUUUAGCCUAAAUUGUUUAUAUGAUACCAAAUACCAAUACCUAAAAUUCAGUUCAUUUGUAUGCUGUCUUUAAAUUCCCGUUGGAUCGUGCUGAUCAAAAUCCUGAUUCUACUGUUUGGUACGUAUAUUUCAGGUCAACGCUCCUUAUCCAAAAUAAUCAGUUUGGUACCACAGUGCCUCCAUUAUGGCUCCUGCUCCAUCACCUAAAUUCUUGAGUUUAUUUGCUGUAUCUCAGUUUUAAACUCCUUCUCUUUGUGCCAUAUGUGGACUUUAGUAUCCAGAUGACCAUAUUUGUUAGUCUCUUCUCAUCAUAAUGUUCCUCCAGUCCUAUGCUGCUUCAGAAUAUGUAACUUAUGUAUUUUAACUAAUCUUUGCUUUUUCCCUUGUUCUCUGCCCUCUUCUGGGCUAGCACCUCCCCGACUGAUCAGUAGACACAUGAUCUAUAGCAGUGGUUCUCAAACUUUGGUACUGGUGACCCCUUUCACAUAGCAAGCCUCUGAGUGCAACCCCCCCCCCCCCCUUACUAAAUUAAAAACUCGUUUUUAUAUAUUUAACACCAUUAUAAAUGCUGGAGGGAAAGCAGGGUUUGGGGUGGAGGCUGACAGCUUGUGACCCACCCAUGUAAUAACCCUGCAACUCCCUCAGGGUUCCCGACCCCCAGUUUGAGAACCCCUGAUCUAUAGCAUAGUGAUGAGGGACACCGCUGUCACUUCACAAACUUGCUUGGAAGUUGGCCAUUUGCUUUAAUAAAAGAUACGGGGGGGAAAGGAAAUUCAACAUUCAUCACUAAAUAGAGGCCCUAAAUUAUAUAAUAAACUUAGCUUGAGAUCCACUCAACAUAAAAAUAUUUACACGUUAGUAUAAUAUGGCACGUGGUUAACCGUUAUGUACCUUUUUAAUGCAAAUUGGCAGGUGUAACUCUAAUCAAGUUACCUUUGCAGGUUGCAUAAACAUUUAUAAUGCAUGCACUUGUAAGUUUAAAUGUGGUUUGCAAAGGUGGAUAGGUUCCUUUCAGUCUAUAUUUGUAACAGCAUGAGCACCAAAUGAAUAUAUCUUUAUGGAAUUUGCAUAAAUGUGAGCAUUUCUAGUUAUAUUCUUUGUUAAAACAACCUGUUUUAUUGAACACGUGUUCUAACACAUGUUUAAAAGGCAUUUCUUUAGGUGUGUUCAUUUUUUGUCACAGCGAAUUUACAGGCUUAUGCACCAAUACUCUCUAAUCUAUCUUUUUUGCGAUAGUAAUGAGGCAAUACAAUACCAUGUCCAGUUCACUAACAGUGCUUUCUUAUUUCUAUCAUGCUCAUUUUCUCUCACCAUAAAUCAAAAAGAGUAAGCUCCAAAUGCAGAUAUUAUCUUGUCACUAAGAAUACUUUUGUUUGCUAUCUGGCAAAAUUAUUCUCUGUAGAAGAAAUAAGAGAGCCCAUGUGUGGUUCUACAUCCUCAGAUCUGAGAGCAAAUAUUCAUCCUGUUUGUGGUUUCAAA